AUGGCAAGACGCUUAUACCUUGGCAGACUUCCCCCUGAUGCCCGUUCUGAUGACGUGGCUAAGUUUUUCGAUGGCUAUGGCCGUAUCAUUGACUGUCGUGUCAUGACCGGUUCGUCGGACAAGAGGCGCGCGUCAAAUGCGGAACUCACUGGACCUCCAUCAGGAUUCGGUUUUGUCGAGUUUGAAAGCUCAAAGGAUGCGGAGGACGCUGUCCAUCAUUUCAACGGCAAGCCUUUCAUGGGAGCCAACAUUGUCGUUGAAUUCGCCAAAGAAAGUCGCCCCCGUCGGGAUGUCUAUGAGAGCGACCGUGGCUACGGGGCUGCUCGCUCCCGCAGGCCUCCAGGUAUUCGCCUGAUCGUUUCCGGUAUUUCUCGCGACACUAGUUGGCAGUGUUCGCGGAGCAUAUGGCGCUUCCGUUUUCUGGAGAUCGAUCCGGCUGGUCAUUUUGCAACUUUGAAGGACCGCCAGUAUUUCGUUGAUGUUCACUUUCGCCGGCUUUGCCCAAACCCAACAACGAACCUGACCAUACUCCUCACCCAGGACUUGAAAGAUUUCGGACGCGAGGCUGGUAGCGUGUCGUUUGCUGACAUUGAUCGCGACAACCCUGGUCAGGGUAUCCUCGAAUAUCUAUCGCGAGAUGAUGCAGACCGUGCCGUCAAGGAUUUGGACGGUAAAGACCUGCGCGGUAGACCUGUCCGCGUUGCCUACGACGAUGCCCGCGGUGGACCUGAUAACUACAGGCGCGAGGAUCGUCGUGAGGAACGCCCUCGAAGUGACGACCGAUACAAAGAAGAACGUUACUACAGGGAUGAUCGGUCAUCCUAUCGCCGCGAACGAUCCCGUUCGCCUCCUCGUCGCAAUGAUUACGACGAUCGUCGCCCCAGGUCUCCACCUCCGCCGCGGAGGGAUCCUGAUGAGAGAAAACCUGCAGGGUACGAUGAUUACCGACGGGGAGGUUAUGAUGAUGACCGCAGAGCCCCUGAUUAUUAUUAUGACCGCCGCAGGGACGAUGACCGGCGACGUGAAGACCGCGGUGGCAGACGCGACGAGAAAGACGAUCGGUACGACGACAGGGCAAUGAGGCACGCAAAUGGCGAUGGUGGAUGGGCGCGUUAA